AAGACUACCGAACGUGUGCUCACUUCCUCUAGCAGUCGUCGUCCUCGAUGAUAAGCAGGGGGUGGUGGAGCACUCCAACCUAAAUAAGUGAGCUUCCAGGUCGAGGAGAGGGACCGCCGGAGGAAAACUUUGGAGGCGCCCUACUUCCAAGAUACCCACUAGCUCCCAGCAUCCCACCGCGUUCUUUUCCCCCUUGGCUAGUGCUAGAAAGAUGCGAUUUUUUUGGCUCUGGGACCACUUGUUCUUCUGAUUCUUGCGCUGCAGGCGCCCCCUUGGCUUCUUGAUUUUGGCUUCUCGUCUGGUGUCUAUUUUCUUGUGAUUGAGGUGUUAUGUGACUCAUCCUUAGGUGCCUUUGAAGGGUGUGCGAGAGGUCUCGAUUCCAAAUUCUGCAAGCGUCUUCUGCGUAUCGGCCUGGGAGCCGCGCGGUAGGAGACCUGUACGGAAGAAUUUGGAGACGAUCCCUAGUCUAUCUGUCAAGCAGCCAAAGUGGUGUUCGUGUGAGCUAAAGCUAAGGGAGAUACAGUAGUUGGUGCGAAGACAUUAGAGGGGGCUUGUUGGAUUCUGCAAGGACAUGCUAAACUUGUGUCCUUGUGAUCUAGAGGCCUGAUAUUUUUCCAUCAACUGGAGACGUAUUAAGCAAGUACAAGGCUUCACAAUUUGAGAUUCGUCACAAUACCAUCAAAGGGAACAAGUAAAGAGCCAUUUGAUCUUGGACAUGGAGAAGCAAUCCAGCACCCGACAUGGCCCGCUAGAAAAACUGAAGAGCUUCCGGGGGAUAGAGAAGCAGAGAAGCUUCAAGUUCUUGUCCAUGGAGAAGCAGCAGAGCUUCAAAAGGAACAAGGACAGCCCUGGGAAGCGGGGUGACACCGAACUCCACCUCGCAGCGAGGGCUGGCAACGUUGCCCAUGUCCAGAAGAUCCUUGCAGAGUGCGACCCAGAGCUCGUGGCGGAGUUAGCUGCCCGCCCAAAUCAGGACGGUGAGACUGCGCUGUAUGUGUCUGCUGAAAAGGGGCAUAUUGAGGUUGUGUGUGAGAUUUUGAAGGCUUGUGAUGUGCAGUCAGCAGGGAUCAAGGCCAGCAACAGCUUCGAUGCAUUCCAUAUUGCAGCAAAGCAGGGCCAUCUGGAUGUCUUGAAGGAGCUGCUGCAAGCCUUUCCUGCAUUAGCUAUGACAACAAAUUCUGUAAAUGCCACCGCUUUGGACACUGCUGCAACUCAGGGGCACAUCGAUAUUGUUAAUCUUUUGCUAGAAACAGAUGCAAGCCUUGCUAGGAUUGCAAGAAAUAAUGGCAAGACAGUUUUGCAUUCAGCAGCAAGAAUGGGCCAUGUGGAGGUGGUCACUGCACUAUUAAAUAAGGAUCCAGGGAUUGGUUUCAGAACAGAUAAGAAGGGACAGACAGCACUACACAUGGCUUCAAAAGGCCAAAAUGCGGAAAUUCUGCUCGAGUUGUUGAAACCUGAUGUCUCAGUUAUCCAUGUGGAAGACAGCAAGGGGAAUAGACCAUUGCAUGUUGCAACUCGGAAGGGAAACACCAUUAUGGUUCAGACCCUAAUAUCAGUUGAAGGGAUUGAAAUCAAUGCGGUUAAUAGAGCUGGAGAGACUGCUUUUGCUAUUGCAGAGAAACAGGGUAAUGAAGAGCUCAUUAACAUCCUGAAAGAGGUUGGUGGUGUAACUGCAAAAGAGCAAGUAAAUCCUCCUAAUCCAGCCAAGCAGCUUAAGCAGACAGUCAGCGAUAUCAGGCAUGACGUUCAAUCACAGAUCAAGCAAACACGCCAGACCAAGAUGCAAUUCCAAAAAAUAAAGAAGAGAAUUCAAAAGCUCCACAUUGGCGGGCUAAACAAUGCCAUCAACUCCAAUACUGUAGUUGCAGUGCUUAUUGCUACCGUUGCCUUUGCUGCCAUAUUCCAGCUCCCUGGUAAUUUUCUGGAGUCGAUGCCUCCACAACCUGAUCCGAACUUGACCUUGGGGCAAGCAUUGAUAGCCAGUGAUCCAGCCUUUAUAAUCUUCUUGGUCUUUGAUGCCUUGGCUCUCUUCAUCUCCCUUGCUGUUGUCGUUGUCCAGACCUCUCUAAUUGUCGUCGAACAGAAGGCAAAGAAGAAGAUGGUCUUUGUGAUAAACAAGUUGAUGUGGCUCGCAUGCCUGUGCAUCUCAGCAGCCUUCAUAGCACUGACCUACGUUGUCGUGGGCCGAGAUGACGAGUGGUUGGCUUGGUGUACGAUGGCGAUCGGCACUGUCAUCAUGGUGGCCACUCUCGGUUCCAUGUGCUAUUGCAUUGUUACUCACAGGAUGGAAGAGAAGAGCAUGAGGAAGAUCAGGAGGACCUCCACAAGCCAGUCAUGGUCCAUAUCGAUUGACUCAGAAACGGAGCUGAUGAACAGCGAAUAUAAGAAGAUGUACGCCCUCUAGGAUACCAACAAUGCUUGUCGCCGAGUCCUGUAUAUAUGAACCCAUUUGCCUGACACCAUUCCAUGGCAUUAAGUGGGAUUGACUCGAACUAUGUUUAGGCCUAGAACAUGGCACCUGUAUGUAACUGCAGUCUGCAGCCUCCUUCCAUGAGCAGAGGGGUGAAUUCCAGGUGAUAGGAGUAGCAACUUUUUGUAGGCAAAAUAUGAGUAUUUGCCAAGCAAGCUGUUUCUCUCAUAUUAUUGUGGAUGGAAAUGAGAACCAUGAAUUGUAUCUGUAUAGUAGAAUAGUAUGGAAUAAGUUGCCCUUGUGUCAAAAGUUAUGUGGUCA